GCAGUUCGUUUGUCAACAUCAACCUGUUCGAUUUGGUGAUGCUAAUUCGAAGCGAUAACAAUGCAGUUACAAUUUCUUUGGAGGUUCUCUAUAGUAUUGUGAAGAUUUGCCCACGAAAACAAACAUGCAUUUUCUAAGUGAUUGCUUUAGUUGUGAAUAGUUUUAUUUCAUGAAGUUGUGUUAAUCCAAUUCCGAGAAACAUGGAUAUAAUUACGAUAGAGGAAGAUGCCUCGUCGUUCAGGACAGCCAAAGGAGAUUUACCAUUUAUAAAAUACAAUAUUUUUAGUGGCCUAAACCUUUUGUAUCAUGUUUUGUUAUUGUUUUUUGCAUUAAUUGUUAUUGGAGCAAUCAUUUUUGAAUGUAGAGAGUAUGUCAAGUCUCUUCUGAUGUGGGUUGAGUCUCAAGAACAUUGGGUUAUUUAUAUUUUAUUUGCAAUAUUAUUUACACUUGUGUCAUUUCCUUUCACAUGGGGCUAUACCUUUUUGGUAAUAGCUUCUGGUUAUUUAUUUGGAAUAGUUAGAGGAAUUUUGACAGUUAUGCUUACUGUUAAUAUUGGUGUAGUUGUAGCUUUUUUUUGCAUAAAAGCUUUUAAUUUUAAAUUUUCAUUAUCAAGAUUUCUAGAAAAUGAAAAUAUUAAAGCAAUUUUAAUUGUUAUUUCUGGACCUAAAGCAUUUAAAGUUGCUGUGUUUGCUCGCUUAACUCCAAUUCCAUUUGGUCUUCAGAACACUAUUUUUGCUGUAAGCAACAUUAAUCCCCGAGUAUAUUUUAUAGCCUCGUUUUUUGGCCUCAUUCCUGCCCAAAUUAUUAAUGUAUAUUUGGGUACCUCUGUAAGAUCAAUGGAAGAAGUUCUGGCUCACAAAUCUACAAAAACAACUGCUAUAGUUGUGUUUCUUCAGAUGACAGUGGGAAUAUCUUUGAUGAUAUAUGUUUUGACAAAAGCAAGACAAGAACUGAGAAGAACUCUAAAUUCCAGGCAUUUUGUAGAGUUACCAUAAUAAUUUGUUGUUGUUUUAAUAAUUUUAAUUAUUUCCCAUUAACAAAGCUUUCAAUAGCUGUUUCAAAAACUUCUACUGUGAAGUUAAUAUCAUUAUUGUUCACACACAUUGGUGGCUUGAUUCGAAAAACCUGAAAAUGAGAGAAAUGUUUUUAAAAAUGGGGGAAGCAAAAUCUAUUUAUUAAUGUAUAACACAUAUUUUUCAAAGAUAUGCUAGAAUGACUUUGUUACUCAGCUAAUUUGUAAAUAAUCUAUUUAUGCCAAUGUAUUACUAUUUUUUAAGUUAUACUAUUUCAGUAUUAAUCAUUUCUAUUAUUAAGAAAUUUAUUUUAUUUAAUUGAAUAUUACUUACAUUUCCAUGUAGUCCACCUGCUCCUAGUAGAAGACCCAUAUCUUUACAGUUUUCCCAAAUGGCCUGAAAAUAUUCUCGACUGAGAGGUUCUCUAGUUUCUUUAUUAUUGACCAUUUCAACACCUAUCAUUAAACCUUUCCCGCGAAUGUCUCCAACACAUUCAUACUUGUGCAACUUUUGAAGUUUCUCAAUUAAGUAAGUUCCCACAUUUUUGCUGUUUAGUUGGGUGUUUUCCUCUUCCAUAACCUAAACA